UUCCUUCUUAUCUCCCUCACCUCCACGGAACACCAAUGAGAUUUCUUCUAUUUUUCCAAUUUAUUCUCCAAUUAACUCAUUCAAAAACCCCAUGUGCUCCUUCAUGGCUUCACAUUGCUCAUCUCGACUCUUGUUUCCUGUCUGCUCCUCAACCAGCCGAAUUCUCGGAAGCCCUCGAAUACUGUACUCAAUCCAAUGCAAGCCUUGUCAUUAUAAAUUCAGAAGAGGAGGCCUCUAUAGUUCGUGAAUUUUUCGCCAGAGAGAAUCCGAGCUUUUUCAAUUGGAUCGGAAUGCGAUGGAAUGCGAGAGCGGCGGAUUUUCAAUGGAUUGACGGGAAAUCGAAAAAUUAUACGUACUUUUUACCAGAUGAGCCUGGUGUGUCUGGAGAAUGUAUUGCGUGGGUGUUGGAUGAUAAUUUGGAUGGUUGGCAAGCAAUCAGUUGUUAUUAUUCACAAUUCUUCAUGUGCCAGAGACCGGCAGAAGGGAUAAUAACCACGUGGCACAGAGACGAAGAGGGCACAAUCGUCAGUCCAAAUUGGCCAAAUUCGUAUGAAAAUCUGGAAUAUGAUACACACAUUAUAAAGUCAGAGCCUGGAACAAGAAUAUUAAUGUAUUUUGAAGAAGUGGAUACAGAACAUAAUUGUGAUAUUAUUACCGUAACUGAUGAUUACGGUAUUUCUGGAAGAACACUUUUCCGUCUUUCUGGUUCACAUCGUAAUCACUCAGUUAUCAGUAAUCGAAAUCAUGUUAUGAUUAAUUUCAAGUCUGAUGAGGAUAAUAUUGGAAAAGGUUUCGUUAUGAGAUACAAGAUACUACGUCCACUUCCUGUGAAAGUGUUCUCAUCGAACUCUUUUGGCACAGUUACAUCGAACAAUUAUCCAAAUUCUCCGGAUUCCUUCCUCAUCCAAUACUAUCUCAUUCAAUGUCCAAUUGCUCAUCACGUGGCACUGAAAUUGAAGGCGAUGCAGCUGGAUAAAUCCGAUCGAGUCAAGAUAUUUAAUGGAAACGAUGAAACCGCGGGAAAGUUGAAAAUAUUCCGUCAAUUCUCUCCAAGCUCUGUGGAUCUCAUAAAAACUACGCAGAACUCGAUGUUCAUCUCUUAUGACACCGGAGAGCAGUUCAAUGCAUCUAACCACUGGGCCUUUGAAUACAAUUGUAUUCCGGAUGGGAACCUGGGAGACGAAAUAAUUAUCUAACCUGACUGGAUUGUACAUGUACAGAGCAAUAAAUCUUAAUUUAAAU